CGUAAUUCAGGGUGCUCAUUGUCAAACAGCCGCCGAGACGAUGAUAUAAAAAGUGUCCGGUUGGCCUUCGACGACGUCAGCGACAAUGGCAACGAACAUCACUUUCCACGCAGGCUCUGUUACACGCGAAGAGCGCAACACAUUUUUGCAUCAGAAGGGACUCACCGUCUGGUUGACGGGUUUGUCCGCCUCUGGCAAGUCGACCAUCGCUUGCGCCUUGGAGCAGCAUCUUCUCCAACACGGCAUCAACGCCUACCGUCUCGACGGUGACAAUGUCCGUUUCGGUCUGAACAACGACUUGGGUUUCAGCGAGAAGGACCGUAACGAAAACAUCCGUCGUAUUGGGCAUGUUGCCAAGUUGUUUGCUGACGCCAACGUCGUCGCCAUCACAUCCUUCAUUUCGCCGUACCGCAAGGACCGCGACUCUGCUCGCGAGUUCCACGAAAAGGACGGCCUCCCCUUCAUCGAGGUCUUCGUCGAUUGCCCUCUCGAGGUUGCUGAGAAGCGUGACCCCAAGGGAUUGUACAAGAAGGCCCGCGAGGGCAAGAUUCCCGAGUUUACCGGAAUCAGCGCUCCCUACGAGGCUCCCGCCAAACCCGAAGUGGUUGUCUCGUCUCACACUUCUUCCGUUUCGGAGUGUGUACAUCAAAUCGUCCAGUAUCUGGAGUCACAAAACCUCGUAAAGCUUUAAAAAAAAAAGCAGACGUGAGUUAGCGCGAGAGCGCAAACACAUUGCACACAGGCUUGAAAACCUGGAGGUUAAUGCGAGAGUGAGGUGAAGAAAGAAUUGCAUGGAACGGUUUCCACUUUUUCUUUUUUUCUUAACCAAAAUAUCUCCAUGUUCUUCCGACACUCUUUUCCGAUAGAACACAGUUUUGUAAUGAAUGAGAAAAGGACUAGCGGCAUAUUGGUCUGACAAGUUGCCUGCUAUGCCCAUUGCACAAUACAGCCCUUCAUCACUGAUCGUUUAC